AUGUCGUCUGCGGAGGAUCGGGAGAUGAUGGAGAGGAUCGGCCGUUUGGCCGGUCAAAUUAAUCGACACCGAAAUCAGCAAGCCGGUGUCGGCCCUGUUCGACACGCCUCGUCGCAUCACCAUCAUUCCGGAUACUCGAGCGCAUGGCGCCGCGGCGGGUUCUCUCAUCGCGGCAGCCACCCCGCCGCUCGAAUGCCUGUUUACCGGAACAGGACGCUCGUGCUCAAUGGCGGCGCUCAACAGGCCCAGUCUGCUGAUGGCGAGACUGGCAGCCCUUCAGACUCCUCCAACUCGUCGUGGGUGACCAAGACCGACCGUCACAGGCAGCUGAUCAACACAAAUGUAUACAAGAAGAACGCGGAGGCGCGGACGGCCGCAAUCGAGCAGACGCGGCGCCAAAAGAUUGCUUUGAGGGACAAACGGGAGCGGGCCAAGCUAGUCAACCACCUGCAUCAUAUGGUAAAUAGCGGGGCAUUUGGCGCAGCUAACCAGCAGGUCGCAACCGACAAGUACGAAAUCGCUGUCCAAGGUGUUCGGUUCACUGUCGCCAAAAACGGCAGCAAGCUUAUCAAAGUACCCGGUGAUGGCAACUCGGCAAAGGCGACUCCUAAAUCGGCACUUAUUGGGGGCGUCAAGUUUCACCGCAGCAAGAACGGCAACCUCUACCGCCACGGCGUUGUGAAGGCGCAGCGGUAUGUCUCCUGGGACUCCGUAGCCGGGCCACUAACCCCAGGAAUUUUUGGCAGGCAAUCCGGCACGGUCAAGAAGCUCGACGUGCCUUGCAAACAGUUUUCUAUGACGGGUAACUCCAUUUUCCCCAACCGACAUCCCGAACGAUUCAUCUCCGGUCGGGCCGUGGUCGGCCAACGAAGAUUUACUAACCGCGCAACAGGUUCCUGUGCAGUCCCUCGGUGCCGCUACGCCCACGACGCGCACAGGGUCGCCAUUUGCAAGGAUUUCCUGCAACAGGGUGAAUGUCCCAGCGGCGCCAACUGCGAUCUCUCGCAUGACCCCACCCCCGAGCGAACACCAGCGUGCCUGCACUUUGCCCGCGAUAGCUGCACCAAGCCUGACUGCAAGUAUGCUCACGUAAAAGUGUCACCAGCUGCUCCGGUGUGCCGGGAUUUCGGCUUCUACGGCUACUGCCAGAAAGGUGCCGAAUGCCCAGAUCGGCACGUAUUCGAAUGCCCCAACUUCAGCAACACGGGAGUGUGUAAGAUCAAGGGGUGUAAGCUGGCGCAUCGGGAGAGGGCAAGCGUCCUCCGCAAGAGCGCCGGCUUGGCACAGCAUGAUGAGGAGAUGGAAGAUCUCUCCAGCGACGACGAUGGCGAGUCAAUUGACGAGGACGACGUCGACUCGGACGAGGUGGACGAGUUCAUCGGCCACGACGAGAACGGGGGUCUUGAUUUCGUGGAGCAAAAGGACUUCAUCGAGCUAUGA